CAAAGUGUUGCUUGCCCGGCCCACUGCUGCUUGCUUGACGACUGUAAGGCUGAGACGGCCGUCGCAUGAGCUCGCUCUCACACCAUCAGACUUGGACAUCGAUGACGCUAUGACUCCCAUCAACGAUCACGAGAGGAUCAUCAUCAAUCUCGAUCUCGACUGCUUCUACGUUGCUUGUGAGCGACUGGCAGACCCAAGUCUCAUCGGACGGCCGCUCGGCAUCCAGCAGAAGCAGAUCUUGGCCACGACAAGCUAUGAAGCUCGGGCGCAAGGUGUGGGCAAGCUCUGUCUGGUCACGGAAGCCAAGAAACGAUGUCCAGAUCUUAUCAUUCGCUCAGGCGAGGAUCUCACCCGCUACCGAGCCCAUUCGAGGCGUUCCUUCGCUCUCGUUCGCUUGGCCAAUGCUCCCUAUCCGACCGAACGACUGGGCAUGGAUGAGAUCUUUUGCGAUGUCACGCAAAAGAUACGCGCACAUCUUACAAGACUCGAGACCGCCCAAGAGACAGUUGCCACAGACGAUAGAGGCAGGCGGUGGUUCGCCCUCCAGGAGAACGAUCUCACGAGCAGAGAGGUCAUCAACGGGUUCUGGUACGACCCUUUGCAGCUACAAGGCAUCACACUGCCGCUGGAGUGUCCCGAGCCCUUGCAAGCUAGCCCGAUGACGAGGAUCGCUUCCCACUUUGCCGCUUACCUGCGCAUGCGAAUCCACAGCGAGCUAGGCUUCACAGUCAGCGCAGGCGUUGCGCCUUGCAAGGUCUUGUCAAAGCUAGCCAGCGACAUGCACAAGCCAGAUAAACAGAGCGUAUGGCACGUCGAUAUUGCUCGACAGGACAUCGAGGCCCAGCUGUUCCUUGCGCCUUUCAAAGUCGAGCGACUACAAGGCUUUGGUUAUCAGACAGGCAAAAUGCUGAGACACAAGCUCCUGGGCGAGGGCACACCUGAGAAAGGCAUCUGGGGCGACCCAGAUCGACACAGUCAUCCAUACUCAUCGACAGAUCCACUCAUCAUGAACGAAGAGUCCCUCAACACUUAUUACCAGACAACAGACGAAGCCGAUGCCGGCCGAAGAGCUCACGCUGGCCCUCUCACCGUCGCUCAAGUCCGUCAAGCGGCCACGGAGGCAGACAUGAUUAGCUGGUUCGAUGAGCGGAUCGGCAAGAGAUUAUGGGGCCUGCUGCACGGCUACGACCCUGCGCCUGUGCUUGCUACGCCAGACUUUCCGAAACAGAUAUCUAUCGAAGACUCGUAUUUAAAGGUUGCGACUAUGGAAGACGCAAUGGCGAAAACGCUGCCACUCAUCACUUCGCUCAUCAGGCGACUUGAGCUAGAGCUCGGUGCAGAUACGCAGGAGGCCGCGGGUAAGGAAGCCAGUGCUGUCGCAAAGACCGCCUGGCUACGCUAUCCUACCAAGUUACGGUUCAGCAUGAGAGCGACGGGCAGAGGAAGGAUCUCCAAAUCUGUGCUCAUGCCUGUCGAGACUUUCGACACAACGCAGACAAAAGAGACACGAGCCGGCCUGCUCCUGCAAGGGCCGAUCAAGCGAAUGAUGCAAGACAUCUUCGGGAUAAUUGCAUCUGACCCCGUCGCUACAAGGACGGCAAAGACGCUCGCGCUUGAUGUGCAUGUCAUCAACGUUGCUGCUACCGAUCUAUCGCCCACCAGGCCCGUGGGAAUCCGAGAUGCCUUUUCUCGUGCGCCGAUGGAGAGGCCUUCUCCAAAGCUAGACGAGUCCGUUCUUGCUUUCUUGCCCGCAGAUCUGCGUCGCGAGGUCGAGCAGCAAUACGGCGUCAAGCGAGCGCGCCCGGCCGAGGCCGAAAGCAAGCGCGGCAAGCCGAAGCGAGUUGCUGAUGUCAUCACCAUCGACGAUAGCGACGAAGAAGUUGUUGAGAGCACUUCGCCCAGUUUGACAAUCUGUCCCCAGCCGAACUGCGGUCAGCGCGUUCUGGGCUUUGCGAUGGCCGCGCACUUGAGAUUCCACCAGAUGGCGAAAUAGCAGAUUAUAAUAUGUCGCGUUGUUGUUGCUACGCUUUUGCAGAGAUCUGUCCGGCAUCACUAGGAUGUGCAGCGGCAGACUGGGCGGCCAGUCUUGCCCUGAGAAACGCUUUGGAGGCUCGUACGUCAGGAUCCUGCACGAUGGCACCAUCCGCACUCUUGUCUGACGUCUCCUCCUCCAAGGAGCGCCAGAGAGCAUAGAGCGAUGUCAUCUCCUGUAUCGCUUCCAGCAGUAUCGGCAUUUGCACAUUGAGCGAUGCCAGGAACGUAACGGGCUCAGUUCCUCUUCUGUGUGUGG